GGUUGGAAGGAAGGCAGGUGUUACACGUGGUACACAACAUGUGUUGUACCACGUGUUGUGACUCCAGCCUCAGUACUGCACCAGUUACCACAGUACUCUGGUGCAGCCACAGCCUUCUACAACAGUUUGAUCGGUGAGAGAGCGGGCAUCAAUUAGUGCACGGAGGAUUAAGCCUUCAUAACUCCAUGUGCUGAAUGAUCCACACGGGUUUAGUUCUUCAUUCAGCAGAAUACAACUGAAGAAUAAUACACAAGUUGUAUACACUAGGACCAGAUAAAUAUACACCUCAAUACACAAGGGUUUGUGAUGGUGGCAGAUGUAGAGAACCAGAAGACUCCUCUUUUGUCCUCACAAGAGAAGGAGUUGAGAGUAGAUGACGUCAAUAGCUUGCUGGAGAAUGACAACGUCGAUAAAUUGCGUAAAAUUUUGAAUGAUUGGGGAAAGCACAGUGUGUGGCAACCUGGGCAUAAUAACAAAGAGAUGGCACUUACUGAAACGUCACUUCACGUCGCUGUCAGAAAGAAAGCCCCCAAAUGUCUGCAGGCUUUACUAGAUGAAAACCCACCUGAAGAAGUCCUCGAUGCUCCAGAUCAUGAUGGAGCCACGCCAUUACUGGUGGCAGUGGCACAAGCACAGCCUAAUCUUGCUAAGAUGCUCCUUAAUGCAGGAGCUCACAUUAAUGCCCGUAAUGACAAAGGCCAGAGUGUGCUGCAUAUCUUGACUUAUGUUACCUCAAGAGGAUCUGAAUCAGAAGAAACCUUGCAGGAUCUGACAGAUUUGCUUUUAUCAUGGCCAGACAUUGACUUGGAGUCUCAUGGAUAUCUCACACCACUAGCAGCAGCAGCAUCAAGGUUGCCUCAGGGUGUUGGAGCUCCCAGAAGUGGUGGUCUGAUUAGCCUGUGCAGGAAACUAGUGAAGGCAGGAGCUUCUCUUCAGGAAGAUGGUGGGGAUGGCAAUAUUAAAGAGGUUCUGCUACGCAAGCAGGCCCUUUCUAUAGUCUUAAUGGGUAUUGAACAACGACCUGCCCCUAAAAGACCUGAAAAAUCACAGUUCUUGGAUAUAAUAUUAAUGGGGAAAAACAUAAAUGAAGUUAAGACAUUCCUGGAAAAUCUGUCAUCUGAAGAUGCUCUUGCUGCAGUCAAUUGUCGGCUUGGAAAACAAACUCUUCUUUUUUAUGCCAUCGACAAAAGAAAGGAAGAUUUAGCAAAAGUUUUAACCGAAUUUAAAGCAAAGCCAUGGGUGUUAGAAAUAACAAAUGAACUCCCCAUUCAUCGAGCUGCUUCUCGAGGCCAUUGGUCUAUUUUUAAUCUUGUCAUUAAUCACAUGAAGGUUGAAGAUAAACCAGUUGAUCUUAAAGAUUACACUGUCAGUAUUAUCCAGAAGCUAAUGGAGAGCAAUAAGAAAAAGAAGGGCACUCCUCCGGAGAUCAGUCAUUCGAAGUGCCUGCAAAGACUAAUGCAAGAUGAUGUUAUCUUGAAUCUGAACCAGGAGUGGAUGGGCCAGACUGCACUUCAUGUUGCCGCCUCCUUCAACAACCAGGAAGCCAUGAGGGAAUUUCUUUGCAAAGGAGCUUUCCUUGGUGCCCGUCAAACACUAGUAGCUCACGACCACAGCAACGUCCUAGACUCGCUUUUGCCAGCAACCUUAGAGAAAACUAUGGAUGGCUGCAUCGUUCACCAGCCAACAAACAACGAUGUUUUGGAACAUGAAAAUAUUCUCAGUGAAGACCAUAUGCUAAAACUUGAUUAUCGGUUCCUUGUGCCUCCAACCAAUGACGACAAUAAGAAAGGGAAGAGUAUAAAUGAGACUGAAACUCUAAUGGACAUCAGCAGAAGUAAGCAGCACAGACAUGCCAUAAAACACCCACUGGUGCAAGCUCUCUUGUAUGCCAAGUGGCGCAAAGUUCUGCCUCUUUACCUUCUUAAUUUAGUCAUUUAUUUUAUUUUUGUCAUUAUUCUUACAGCGUUUGUUUACAGUAUUAAGGAUUUACGCAUACUUGAAACACAGAUAGAGAAUUAUCCUAUUGCUGGAUUAACCUAUGCAAUCACUGAAGAAAGAAUCAAAAACAAGCAGGUUGUUGUGACCUACCUCAUGGCUCUACUUCUCCCAGUCAUAAUAUACAUGAUUAUCAGAGAAGUUUUCCAGUUCCUCUUCUCCAGAGACAUUUACCUCAAGAACAUCGAAAAUUAUUUGGAAUGGUUCUUAGUGGUGGUGGUAAUAAUGCUGUGUUCAGCGACAUUUGCUUCUGAUGUCACUCGUCACCUGGCUGCCUGGGCUGUCAUCGUGGCUUGGUAUGAAUUUGUGUUGAUCCUCGGACGAGCUCCUGCUGCCAUCUACGUCACAAUGUUGAGACACGUCUCUUGGAACUUCCUCAAACUCAUCUUCCUCUUCGGUGCUCUCAUUCUAGCGUUCACCAUUAGUUUUAACAUCAUCUUACAGCCCACUGGUGGCGAUCCAGACUUCCGUGACUUCUGGUCGACACUACCCAAGGCGAUAGUUAUGGCCACUGGAGAGUUUGAGUACUCAGAUUUAAACCAACACUUUUCUCGCAAGCUGAUCUUCUUGGCCUCAGCUCUGCUUAUUUUCCUCCUCUUCUUGUUCCUCAUCUUUCUUGUCCUCAUGAACGUCAUGAAUGGGCUGGCAGUCACGGAUACUCAGAAAGUAAUGGAAGACUCAACACUGUAUUCACUGACGUCACGCUUAGAGUUAAUCUACCUUAUAGAGUCCUUCUUCCUCACCUGUCCUGGACUUGGCUCUCACAUUGAUAAAGUUCAACUGCUCUCAGGAGAUAAGUACAAGCCUAUUAUAUACGCUCAAAUAAAUAAACAUAUCAAGAAACACAGACUUUUAUCUGGGAAGAAGAAAGAGUUCUUGAGCUCACUGGACGACCAUUCAGCAGAAUGCCUCAGAAGCCAUCGACGGCAAGCAGCGGCCGAGCAGCCUGAAGGUGGAGGUGACCCUCGCAGCCAGUACCUGCCUCUUCUACAACACCAAACACAACGUUUUGGGUUACGAUUCCCAGAUGUGCAGCACUCCAGACGCUAGAAAGUUAUAUGUAUGUUAGCAGUGGUUGUAUACGUGUGGCAGUGGUAUAGAGGUUGUAUGUUAGCAGUGGUUGUAUACGUGUGGCAGUGGUACAGAGGUUGUAUGUUAGCAGUGGUUGUAUACGUGUGGCAGUGGUACAGAGGUUGUAUGUUAGCAGUGGUUGUAUUCGUGUGGCAGUGGUACAGAGGUUGUAUGUUAGCAGUGGUUGUAUACGUGUGGCAGUGGUACAGAGGUUGUAUGUUAGCAGUGGUUGUAUACGUGUGGCAGUGGUAUAGAGGUUGUAUGUUAGCAGUGGUUGUAUACGUGUGGCAGUGGUACAGAGGUUGUAUGUUAGCAGUGGUUGUAUACGUGUGGCAGUGGUAUAGAACAUACGAAUGUCUUUCUAACAUUCUACGAAUGUGCAGUAAUGUGAAUGUUCUAGUUUGAAUGAGUUUGUUUUUAAAGUUCAUUAGUUGAAAAUAUAAAAAAUAAUUUUUAUUCCUAUGGCGCAAAUUUGAGGAGCAAGCUUAAAAAAACUGGUAUUUUGCUUCAUUUUCUUUGUGUUGCGGCAACACUUAUUGUUGUGAAUAAUAACUGCUAAGAUUUUGCCAGAAGGAAUUAUUAAUGACCUUUUAAACAGCAAGUACUUAAAUAUACAGUAGUGCAGGUAGUACACAGCCUGAUAAUACAUCCCCAGGUACCUGCGGCUGGUGUUGCUACACUGGUAACCUCCCCAGGUACCUGCGGCUGGUGUUGCUACACUGGUAACC